AUCACGAGUACAAGUACUGCGGCAAUAUUUUGUCUGAAUUGGAAGCGUCAAAAAUGGCAAAGACUCUGAUAUUAGCGGUUAUUUUGGUAACAUUCCUAACGGAGUAUUCUCUCUGUAGAAAAGAAACGCAAUAUAGACGUGGACCAGACAAGCGGCAGUACAUUGCCCGAAACAGCGCCUCUGCUCCAUACAACGUACCUCUUACUGGAGUCAAAAAUCAAAUGUGGAGAUCCCAUUCUAUUAACAACAGUUCCAUUAUGAUGGAAAACCAGGGAAAAGCUGAGGAAAGGAAAAGUGACACUCUGGAAGGUAAAAUGAAAGAGUCCUCGAGUCUUGUCGUCCAGAAUGACAAGAGUUUGAAGGCAGCCGAGGCAAGACUACCACCAGAAAAGAGAAUAAAUAAUCUUCUUGGAAAAGUCAUUCAGAAACCUCUUGCGAUUCCCGAUGCUAAGCCUGUCGACCGUGAUGAUGUGAUUGCAUCCAAAAGAAAUCCAGCUGCAGUAGCAGGUUUAUUAACAAAAAUAGCGGGAAACGAACAAGUCCAACAAGCUGUGAUCGAUAAGGGAAUCGAAGUGGCGGGAAAACUGGUUGACAAACAGCUGCAAAUUAUUGAAGAAGCCCAACAGAAAGCUUCGGAUUUUCUUAAGAAAGGAAUCAAACUAGAUGUUACUCCAGAAAAGGCAUGGGCGACGGAAGAUAUGUUUAUUCCACCGGGUUAUCACAUCCAAGCAGAAGUUGAAGGCCAAGGCAAACCUGACGAGUCUAAUGACCCACAGCCUUACACCUACCCAGCAGGCAUGGGGAACAUGAUCAUGAAUGGUUGCUGGGGGACUGGCUACAAGAAAGGGGACCCUUGUUUUGAUGCUCUGGAGGCAUCUGAGCAAUGCAGGGACAUGAUUGAUGGUGCUGCAUUCAUUGGUGUUGGUUUUGAUGGUCGUGGUCAAUACAGCCCUGAGUCCAGGAAGAUGAGUAUCAUCCAGAGAAGCUGUGCUGGUAAAGCCUCUUAUGACAAUCUUCAAGUGCCAGACACGAUGAACGUUCAUGGGAUCUACGAUACAACAGCAAGUAUGACCGUAUUUACGUCAAGAUCUGAGUAUCAAAAGUAUUUACAAUUAGAAGCAGGAGUGUCGGGGUCCGUUUUUGGAUUCUACGCUGGCGUCAAGAGUGCGUGGGGAAGCUCCGAAAGCGGCGCAAAACAAACCAAUCUUGCCAUCUUUGAUAUCGAUGUGGACAGAUAUGAGAUCUUUCAAGACGAAGUGAAGCCAAAAGAUUUGAGUAGGAAUUUCCUUAGAGAGUUUGUCGAUCUUCCCACUUCAUAUUUUGCUCCUGGUGCUCCAGCUAAAUUCCAGAACUUCAUCCUUCGAUGGGGAACUCACUACAUCAAGUCUGCCAGGUUUGGUGGUCAGCUGGAACUACGAAAAACACAACUGGCAAGCAAAACCGCCAGCAAGGAAGAAUUUGCCGCAGAGAGCGAGGUUGAGUUCAAAAGUCUGUUUUGGAGUGCAGGAGCAAAAUCAAGCACCAAAUCUGGCAGCUCGUCCCAGUCACAACAGAGCUACAUGUCAACAUCUGUAGUUGUGCAAGGAGGAAGUCAGAAAAUAGCAGCGGUGAUUUCUGAUAUGUAUUCACCUACAUUCAAGACCCAGUUUACGGAAUGGCUAGAGAGCAUACCCACAUAUCCAAAGGCCUUCAAGUUCCUCAUGGGAUCUAUCACUGACCUGUUGGACUUCCGUGCUAGCGAUUUGUUUCCGGAUGAAAAGGUCAACUGGGGAUGUGAAGUUCAUCAAGACAGCUUAAAGCAAGACAAAGAAACACAAAAGUUCUACUACAUGGCCGACAAUAAGAGAGUGUAUUGUGAGUUUGGGAGUAGAGACGAUCUGAAAAGCAAACUGAAACUCAAACGUAUGAGCCUGAAGAGAGCAAUUGAAGUUUACUUGGAAGAGGGCGCAAUGUCCAUAUCAGAUGUCAGUCUUCCAGCUGGUGAACCUGGAUGUGAAAGUCAGGAAUCUCCUACGAAUGUCAAAAAACCCUCCUGGUCGGAGAUGACAACUGGAACUAGCCCAGCUACCUUCCGCGUAACUUUCGACCUUCUUGAAGAUUUGAAGGGAGCACCUAAUGGGGGUAUAGAUAUCCAAAAGUCAAUGUCAAGACUUGUUCGAUACCGAGAAAACAAGUGGGUCACUGCCAACGAACGAGGACAAUUCCAUUGGUACGGUGGUUUUAGUAACGGUGGAAGCGCUGAUCUUGGCAAUGAGAAAAUUUCCAUAUUUGGCCUUGUCCUGAAGUAUGACGAAAGCGAUGGUAGCCUUGUUCUAUACAAAGCAGAUUAUUCAGAUUCUAAGAAUUACUUUCCAGCUUUAAGUGAACUUUUAGUAAAUAAGAAGCUUGCGCAAGUCGAAUGGACAGAGAAGAAACUUCUAUCAGGCAACGCUAAUAAGAAAAGUAAAACCCAAGUAGGAUCUUCUUUGCCACCUUCACUUUGUAACGUCCAGUGGUCCAACGGGCUCAGAUUUGACCCAGGUGACAAAGAUGGCAAAUGUCUUCAUUUCACAGCUUCUACCAAAGGUACUCUGUAUGUAGUUUUCUCGGCGGUACCUAGUGACAAAGACACUUGGUACUACGUUGAGUUAUCACCAUAUAGAGUCGGCAUUUACAAGGGAAACACACUGAAGGUAUCAACAGUCAAUAAAAAUGCCGUAGCCCUUGGAGACCCCAUUUUGUUUCAGUCCUACUUUGUCUGCAUUACGGAAACAACGACUAGUAGAGGUACACUCAUCGAGUAUGGCAAGUCUAUGGGAACAACAGAAACCGGAAACGUCUACUUAUCAAUGAAUGAAUACCAUGAUGUGCUUCACGUUCGCUUUUAUUCAUUUGGUAAUAACAAAGAGCCUGCGCAAGUGGUGGAUUCUCAUGUCUUUUCACGUGCCAAAACUAAAACAACAUGCAAAGGAGACACUCAAGCUGAUGGUGACAAUUGCGUACAGAAGUGUCACGAAACCUGCGACCCAAUAGCAGGAUGCAAAUAUAGCUCACAAGGAGAACCAAAAGCGACUGAAUGUAACGAGUGUCGUUAUGCUAAAUCAGAAGAUGGUACCCGCUGUCUCAAAGAAUGUCCUACUGGAGAGAAACCAGAUAAAAAGAAACAGUGCAAAAAGUGGUACAAUCACGAACGGAACCCACAGUAG